AUGGCUGAUGAAACUCAAGAAUUUCGAGAGUCAGUCCAAGAAAAAAUUUUAAAAAUUAUGGCCAAAGAAAAUAUUAAAGAGACACCAGCAGCUAUCACUAAAAAUAAGAGAGAGAAAGAUUUGGAUUAUCUCUUUAAUUGUGAAGCGUUAUCUCAAAGCUUUGAGAGAAUGGCAAGCUUUGAAAUUCAUGCCAUAGCGACAUUACUCUAG